CUGCAAAAUUCCCACUUUCUCUCUCUACCCUUUCCAUAAUCGCCCCUCCCUCUUCAUCUCUAAUAAUAGUCAUCGCCGUCCCUGAAACCCUAGAAAUCCGAUCACACCCCUCAGGAUCUCCGAUUCCAGGUGGAGUUGUGAUCCUAGGAUUUCCUCGUAUUCAACUCCGUUAAAAGAAGCCCUAUUUUUUCCCGUCGGUACUUCUCCUGUCUGAAUUUACGUUCGAGUACCUCCUGGAUCUGACCCGAUUCCCUUUCACUUCGUCGUUUAACCCCAAAUGGGUAGGGUUUUCAGGGACGCCUCGAAGCCCUCUUCCUCGCCGGAGCCGGUGACGACGUCCACGUCGACGACGGAGACCAUCAAUGGAUCUCACGAGUUCAAGAUCACGGGGUAUUCAUUGUCGAAGGGAAUGGGGAUCGGGAAAUACAUGGCGUCUGAUACGUUCAUUGUCGGCGGGUACACAUGGGCGAUUUACUUCUAUCCGGACGGGAAGAGCGUGGAGGAUAAUGCGACUUAUGUGUCGCUUUUUAUUGCGCUCGCGAGUGAGGGAACGGACGUGAGGGCGCUUUUCGAGCUGACUCUUCUGGAUCAGAGUGGGAGGGAGAGGCACAAGGUUCACAGUCAUUUCGGAAGGGCGUUGGAGAGUGGACCCUACACUCUUAAAUACCGAGGCAGCAUGUGGGGCUAUAAGCGAUUUUUCAAAAGAGCUGCUUUGGAGACUUCUGACUAUUUGAAGGAUGAUUGUCUUCAUGUUCAAUGUUGUGUUGGCGUUGUUAGGUCUCACACAGAAGGACCUAAGAUCUACUCUAUACCAGUACCCCCAUCAGACAUUGGCCAACAUUUUGGGAAGCUGCUGGAAAGCGGAAAAGGAACUGAUGUGAACUUUGAAGUUGAUGGAGAGAAUUUUUCUGCUCACAAAUUAGUGCUUGCAGCUCGUUCACCUGUGUUUAGAGCACAGUUGUAUGGGCCAAUGAAGGAUCAGAACACACAAUGUAUAAAAGUUGAAGACAUGGAAGCACCACUUUUUAAGACGGACGGGUUUGAGUAUUUGAAAGAAAGCUGUCCUCAUGUUCUGACUGAGUUGUUAGAAUAUGUUGCAAGGAUUACUGAACACUCCAUAGCUGUUGGAAAGCCAGGAACUGAAGGUAUUUUGGAUGGUAGUGAUGUCAAUGAACUUGAAAACGCAAAGGAUCUUAUUUUGACAAGAUGGUUCACCUCAAUGGAGAUUGGUUGUAAUGCCGUAAUCAGAAAAUUCCAAAACAAAGGCAACUCAAAUUCGAGAUACAAAGACUCACGCGUCCACAGAAAACUUUUAGAAGAAGAAGAAGAAGAAGAUGAAGACGGUGCAGGAUAA